AUUUCUCUCACUUCCCAUUUCCAGAUUUUGCCUCUUUCUCUCUCUAGUUACUUUCAAUUCGAUUGUUAUAAACACAUAUUGUUCUCUGUUUUCUUUUCUUGCUCAUCCAAACAGCUUGAUCAAGAUGACUAACCAGAAUGUAGUGGUUUCCGAAGCUGACUCAGCCAUUGGCAUGGUGAUAUCACUUGUCAUGUCUGACCCAAAUCUCUCCAUGACAACACCACCCGCCGCCGCUGUUUCUCCGAUCACCACCGUCGCAGGCGGCGGCUACAUAACCAUCCCAAGAACGAAGCUUUUCAAGAAAACAUUGCUUGACAAAGUACCCAAUUCAUGUUGGGUCGAUUCCAUGAGAGCCUCUUCUCCUACCCGAAGCUUUUCUUCUGCUAUUUCAUCAGAGUCGGAUGAUAAAUGGAAAAUUCAACACCCUUCUGCUCUCGACAUGUUUGAUCAAAUCACAAGGGCGUCUAAUGGGAAAAAGAUUGUUAUGUUUUUGGACUAUGAUGGUACAUUGUCACCCAUUGUUGAAGAUCCAGACCGAGCAUUCAUGACUAACGAGAUGAGACAAGCCGUGAAAGAGGUAGCUAAAUACUUCCCCACUGCUAUUGUCAGUGGAAGAUGCAGAGCUAAGGUUUCUAAUUUUGUGAAGCUUUCACAACUCUAUUAUGCUGGAAGUCAUGGUAUGGACAUCAAAGGCCCAACCAGAGGACCCAAACAUAAUCCAGAUGGAAAUCAAUCUGUUCUUUGCCAACCUGCCAAGGAUUUUCUUCCUAUGAUAGCCGAGGUUAACGAAAUCUUAAUUGAGAAAACAAAGUCGAUACCAGGAGCUAAGGUGGAGAACAACAAGUUUUGUCUAUCGGUUCAUUAUCGUUGCGUUGAUGAGAAGAGGUGGGAUGAGUUAGCGGAGCAGAUUAGAUCGGUUUUAAAGGAGUAUCCGAAGCUGAGAAUGGCGACUGGGAGAAUGGUAUUUGAAAUACGCCCAACAAUCAAAUGGGACAAGGGAAAUGCCCUAGAAUUCUUGUUGGAGUCUUUAGGCUACAAUAAUUCAAAGAAUGUGUUCCCAAUUUACAUUGGUGAUGAUCGAACAGACGAAGAUGGCUUUAAAGUUUUACGCGAAAGAGGACAAGGAUUUGGAAUCCUCGUUAGUAAAUAUCCUAAGGAAACGUACGCCAAAUAUUCGUUACGAGAACCAUUGGAGGUUAUGGAGUUUUUGAUGCGUCUGGUGGAAUGGAAACGAUCAAUGGCAUAACAGUAAUAAUUAUAUAUGUAUAAGAGUUUCCACUAAGAAGGGUUAAUGUCUGUUAAAUUUUUUCUUUUAUGUUUUAAAAGCUAUUAUGGGAAAGUUGAUAUCAGAUGAAUCAGCCUGCCCCUUAAUUAUUAUUAUUAUUUUUUUUUCUAAAUUUAACUUGUGUAGAAAUUAAAUCCACCCACCAGAAAAUUUUGGUUCAGGGAGGAGGGAUGGCAUAAUUGUAAUUUUCCUGUAGAGAGUUUUCUUGGAAACAAGAGCUUGUUCAAUAUCUUAAUAUAUAAUAUGGAACAACCUUUUAAUU